CUACCGUAUGUUUUUGUAGCCUCCUGGCUUAUUUAUGAGCUCAUUUUUUGUCCGGAUUCGCCGUUGGAACGACGAGGGAUCUGAGAACGCUUCAGUUCAUCCCGCGGAGACGUGGUGAUAAAACUAACCAUUCUGUGAGUGUGGUAAUGGCACACACACAUGCGAUAAAAGAACCCGAGUAGCACAAAUCACAACAUAGAAUCCAUCCAUUGCCUGCUCGAAUCCCUCAGUCACCAUGAGCAUCAGCACUCCAACAACUAGCGCCACAUCCAAUGCCAAUAAUGGAUCCACUGUUGUUUCCACCAAACACGCAGUAGUUUUGCCAGCACACGCAAAGUAUUCCAAAACGAUUACCAAGUUUCUCAAGUCGGGACGAUUUCGUUGGGUGGCCGUGGUGGGAUGCAUACUGCUCCAGGUCCAAUAUGCCAUUCAGAAUCGUUAUGCCAUGGUCUUUGAAAAUAGGAACUUGAACACCACGAUGCGACGGUUGGACCAGACAAACUCCAAUAAUUUGCCACACGUCGACUUGGAGUUCCUUGGGGCAGCAAAGAAUGAGACUGCCAUCAUCAACAACGAUGAGCAGAAGAAUUCAUCAGAAGAAAAUCAAUCAACAACAGCAUUAGAGGAAGAAGAAGAAACAGCAUCAGAUGAACCCAAAGAGCCGCCGAAACAACCAGAGACUGUCAAUGUUCUGUUUGGUCUGCAUGGAAGCAACCAAUUCUUUUUUGACGAAUGGGAGGUUGCCUUUAAGAGUGUUCUCUUGAAUGCUCCUCUCGAUGCACCACUCCACAUUCACAUUGUGGCCAAUGGAGACGCACAUGUUCGAGUACAAGAGCGAUUGCAAGACAACCAUUUGAUUGGCAGUCUAUGGCGAAAUCCCAUUACCGUCACCAUCUACAAUGUCGAACGACGACAAGCCGAAUUCCACGCGUUAUUGAAACACGCCUUUCGUGGUGGACAAGCCACAAUUGACGAACGUGUCUCGUUGGGGGGAUAUUACCGACUCUUGUCGCCCAUGGUACUCCCGCAAGGGACCGGCCCUGUGGCCUAUAUGGAUGCCGAUGCCGUCAUCAUGGCCAAUCUCGGGGACCUCUGGAAACAUGUCAAUGCUUCGUAUUCCUUUCAAGCCUCUGCGACGUGGCUCUGUAGUGCUUUUAUCAUUAUCAAUAUUGAUCGAGCCGGAAAUUUUUGGGAUUUGGUCGAUCAAUUGCCCAUUGUGGAUCAUGGCGGCGAUCAAAGUCUAUUAGAGAAAGUCACCAAGGCCAACCCGGAAAUCAUGGGACCACUCCCGGUCACAUGGGAUACCCACAUGGGACACGGACAUCGACCUGUACCGCACCACGUGCUAAAAAAGAGACCCGAUGGUGUGGGCUUUCUCCAUUUCAACGGCAAUCGUCCCAAUUACUUUCACGAUGGAUUGCAACAAUACUGCGAUCGAGCCAAAUCAUGCAAAGACGAUCCCCGUGCGCAACAGCUAUUCCAACAAACGUGGGGGUUGGCGGAUUACUACGUAAACAUGCCCUGGGAGUGGGCCAAGUACACGGGAGGAGUCAGCAAAAUUCCACCCGGAGAAACGGGACAUCCACUGCGGUAUGUUGAAAUCAUGAGUAACAGUACCUGGAUUCCUCCUACAGAUCCACCAACAAAGCCACGCCAAGACGACCACGCAACAACUUCCAAUCAAAGAAAGCAAGACCAAAGGACAAACUUGCGGCGCAACCAUCAACGCACCGAAACGGAGACAGAGAAAAAGCCUCAACCGCCCGCCGUGUUGCCAGCCGACCACAAAAAGGCUGGACGCAACCAUAGCGGUAAAUUUCGGGCCGUCGCUCGCCGUUCGGAGAAACAGACGGCGGCCGCAGAUCAACCAGAAAAGGCACGCCAAAAGGCAACCAACGUGGCUCGUCGUCGUCGUCGUCGUCGUGGUGAGGAGAACACUACCCAGACUUCUACGACGGAUCCGACAAAGCCACGCCAAACGGCAACAAAUCGGCGCUCCGAGAAGAAGACCAGAACAGCGAUGGCUACAGAUCCACCAUCGGAUCCACGCCAAAAGGCAACCGACGGAGCUGGCCGCUUGGAGAAGAAGGCCAAAACAAAGACAUCUGUUGAUGAGCACAAAAAGGCUGGCAACAAAAACGCGAAAGCUAAACAAGAGCCAAUAGCUGAGAAUGAUCCAAGAGUUGUCGGUGGUCGCAAAUGGAUCCAAAAGGAAGGCAAAAAUGCCACUUCCAUGUGA